ACCCCCUUCUUGCGAGCCUGUGCAAUGCAAAACUCCUUAUAAGGGCAUGUUGAUGAUGUAAUGGUCCAUAGGCAGGGAGCACAUCCCUUAUUGUUUGGUCUGACUGUAGGAAUGCCCACAUUACAGCUACUAAGAGAGCGGGACUCGCACACAGAGGAAGAGUUGAGGGUCGGGUGUUGUGCGGCAGCAUACGGAGCUUAUGGCAGUGGAACUGGGGAAGCCUCUGGCGCAGGUUGAAGCUGUUAAUUGACCAGGAGAAGGCCUACCAGGAGCGGAAGGACGAGGAGAGCGACACAAAGCUCACGAGUCUGAAGGACGAGCUGACAAAACUCAAGUCGUUUGCGUUGAUGGUUGUGGAUGAACAGCAGCGUCUCACCGAGCAGCUGAAUCAACAAACGGCCAAAGUCCAAGAUUUAAGUGCCAGCGCCUCUCAGGCCCAGGAGGAGCUGAGCUCAGCUAAUGCCCGUCUGCAGGAAGAGGAGCAAAAGGUCUUUCGCUUGGAGUCUGAGCUGCGUGACCAAGCUUGUCGAUACCACCUGGAGCAAGAGACCAUGACCGCCAAAUUGACCAGCGAGGAUGCCCAAAGCCGGCAGCUGCGCCAGAAAAUGUCGACUCUCAGCCGGCAGCUUGACGAGCUGGAGGAGACCAACAAGACCCUGCGCCGAGCUGAGGAGGAACUGCAGGAGCUCAGGGAUAAAAUUAGCCGCGGCGACUGUGGAAACUCCAGCCUCAUGUCUGAGCUCGAAGAACUACGUAAGAGGGUCCUGGAAAUGGAGGGAAAGGAUGAGGAGCUGAUCAGGAUGGAGGACCACUGCCGGGACCUCAACAAGAAACUGGAGAAAGAGGCCAAUCAAAGCCGAAGUCUGAAGGCGGAGGUCGAUAAACUGAACCACAGGAUUAUGGACUUGGAGAAAUUAGAGGACGCGUUCAGCAAAAGCAAACAAGAGUGCGGCUCGCUCAAAAGUAACCUGGAGAAGGAGAGGACAGUGUCAAAGACGAUGACCAGUGAGCUGGAAAUCUUGAAGGUCAGGGUCAAUGAGCUGGAAGCAGCUGAAACCCAACUUGGAAAAGCUGAGCUGACACUGAAGGAAGAGCUGACCAAGUUAAAGACUUUGACAGUCAUGCUGGUGGAUGAGAGGAAAGCUAUGGCGGAGAAGAUAAAGCAAAUGGAGAGCAAGGUCCAGAACAGCACCGGCAAACUUCAGGCUGAGCAGGACAAGGUGACGUCAGUCACGGAGAAGCUCAUUGAGGAGAGUAAGAAAGCACUGAGGUCGAAGGCUGAGCUGGAGCAGAAAAUGUGCAGCGCCACAAAGGAAAGGGACGACUUGAGGGCAAAGUUGAGGCUGGAGGAGGAAAAAAGCUUGGAUUUGGAUUCAAAGAUCAACAUGAUGAGGAAACGGAUGCAAUCAAUGGAGACCAAAGAAAGGGAAUACCUUAGGAGCAAAGCUAAAGAGGAGCACAUCAAAACACCUAUUGCUAACCGCUUCCACCAGGAGGACAACAAAGUUCAGGAUUUGACGCAGGAGGUGGAACGCCUCAGACGCAAAUUGAAGGACAUGAAGGUGGUCGAGGGCGAUUCAUUAAAAACAGAGGAGUGUGAAUCACUGGAGAAAAGACUCAACAACGAAGAAGAGAAGGCAAAGGCCUUGAUGGAGGAGCUGGAAAUAUCCAGAAAAGAACUUUCCCAGUAUCAACUGGCCGAAAAGGAAGAGUGCAACCAAGAGCAUGUUCUUUACAAGCGCUUGAAGGAGGAGGAGGCAAAGUCCAGCCACCUGAGCAGAGAGGUGUCAGCCUUGAAGGAGAAGAUACACGAAUACAUGGGGACAGAGGAGUCGAUUUGCCGCAUGAAAACUGACCACUCGUCACUGCAAAGAAAGCUGACCCAGCAGGAGGUCAGGAACAAAGAGCUGGCCAGAGAAAUGGAGACGCUCACUCGAGAGCUCGAAAGAUACAGGCGAUUCAGCAAAAGUCUUCGGCCCGGCAUGAACGGAAGACGCUUUUCAGACCUCCACGUUGCCACCAAGGAAGUUCAGACAGAGCCCCUCGACCUCAUGUCUCCCAACUGCAAGAUGGCGGCCCCACUGGAGCGCGCCGUGGUGAACGGCAAACUGUAUGACGAGAGCGAGCCGGAAGAUAAUGAAAACUACAGUAACGAGCUCCAGCUGUCCAAAUGCAGCCCCUCGCUCAUCAAUAACGUGAAUAACCUGAACAACAACAUGAGAAGAGCACGAGUCCCAUUCCUGACAAGCAAAGACGCCCCGCAUCAGGCGAAUGGCAAAGUGCCGCCGCGGCAGAACGGCAAUCACGUCCAGCCCGGAGAUGUCGUGGUUUCCCACAGUCCCGGGCAGCCUCUGCACAUUAAAGUGACUCCUGACCACGGACACAACACAGCCACGCUGGAGAUCACCAGCCCAACCACGGAAAACACCCCGUCAUUCACCAGCACUGCCGUCAUACCCACAAGUGGAGGUCCACCCAAGCAGAGAAUCACCAUCAUCCAGAAUGCUUCCUUAUCCCCUACUGCAAAAUCCAUCUCCCCAACAACCAAAUCCAAAGGUUCCCCACUGUCCGACGAGCUGUGUUCACCGGAUAGGACCCUCUCGCCUUUCACCAUGGCCACGUACUCCAGAGCAAUGACCCCAGACUCUUGUGGCUCCAUCACACCGGACAGAGCCCUGUCACCGAUACAGAUCGUGUCCGUCACAACCGGCACCCCGGAGCGCUCCCUCUCCACGGAGCCGGUGGAGGUCGUGGGAGGGCACGCCGUGUUCCGCGUGACCCCGGAGAGGCAGAGCAGCUGGCAGGUCCAGAGGUCCAACAGCUCGGGGCCCAACGUCAUCACCACGGAGGACAACAAAAUCCACAUUCACCUCGGCAGCCCCUUCAUCCAGAGCAUCAGCACCCCGACACAGACGCUGAGUCCGUGCCACGCGCCCGGACUCCAGGAGCAAAGGACUCAGGUGCUCGCCAACUGCAGCGCUCCCGCCGCCAAAGGCCACAGCAAAAUCACAAGUAGCAUCAUGAUUAAGCCCACGUCCACCCCAAUCCAAAGGCCAGCACAGAUUACAAUCCCUCCUGAAGCAUUCCGACGAUCCGGACCUACGAGGAUCCCCAAACCCAGAAGCUACAGCUCCCAGAAGGGGACUGGCCCGGGAGCACCGAGCAAGAGUCAGCCGCCACACGCACAAGUCACCACGGGGAAAGAGCAGCACACACACAUGCCGGCAGCACACAACAACAACAACAACAACAACCCCAAUCUAGUGAACCGCAAACUGUGACAUCAAUGAUACUCUAAUACUGCAAGGGUCAGCUUACAGUAUAUUUCACUUUCACUAAAAACAGCCUCACGGCAACUUCAACCUAAAAUGAGGGAUUUUGCUUCGAAACUACCUGCAAAAGAAAAAAAUAACUGCCUUAUUCUAAAAGUCUUUUAACUUUAAUUCAUCUGCAACUCUAUAACCCCAAUCCUCAUCUGUGGUGCUCUGCAAACCGCAAAGUGCAGCUGUUCAUUGUGUCUGUGCACACGCUGAUAGAACAAACAUCUGUAGAAAGUAGUUCCGAUGUAGAUUCAUGUCAAUAAACAAGUUUUAGUUAUUUACAGUGACAGCUUAUUGUGUGUCACCGUGAUCAAAAUGGAAAAUGACACUGAAUAUUAGAGCACCCGGUGUGAUGUAUUGUCAUGUUGUUGAAAAUUAAGGUUAAUAUAUACUGUAAGUGUUUGUGUCCAUCUUAGAUGCAGAUCAUGAAACAGUCAUUUAUCCAUUUCUAAAGAAGGAACACAUAUUUUUUAUGAAUAAGUGGCAAUAAUGUACAUAGGUGUAAAACGAAUGUGUUGUAACGCAGCUUC